AUGGGUGGCCAAAGGGGGGCAGGCAGCGAGGGAUGGCGCCGCCCACAGAGGUGGACCCCCGCCACCUUAGACCUCUUCUCAGAGGGCUACGGACGCUUUGAAGAGCCUCCGAGAACGUCCCUCAGAGAAAGGGCUGAGCGCAACCCGCCAAAACCGCCACGAACCGCCCGGCCCGCGCAGGCGUCGAACUGGGCGGAAGCGUCCCACAGCACCGCGGCUCCCGGGCGCGAGGGCGGGUGGGCGGAGCCGGAGGGCGGCGCGGCGGGCGGCGGGCAGGUCCGGCAAGGCAGUCGCAAGCCCCGCCCCGAACGCCGCCCCGCCCCUGGCGCGGGCCUGACCCCCGUCCCCGGGGCGGGCCGGGUCGGCGGGCCGAUCCCGGAGGGGAUGAGCGGCGGAGAAAAGCCGGCAGCCGGUGGAAUCGCCAGAGGGCAAAACUGGAGACCGAAGGGAGACGCCGGCACCCGCACCCCCCCCUCGCGCGGCACUGCGAGGGGGACGGGAAGAGUGAAGAAACGCGGAGCUGCGGCGUGGGGUUCAGGCCGCCCCGUCCGCGCGGUGAGUUCUUCCCAGUGGUCUGCUGAUGAGGAGCCUCCUACACUCUUGGUUCCUGUGGGUCCAAGACGGGACAAUGGAGAAAUAAGCCAUCCUGGUGCUCCUACUGGCAGUGAUGAUGGUGGCCAGCGUGGAUGGUGAAGAUCUGGAUGACAGUGUAGUGGCAAAAAUGAUGGUGGGAUUCGCCCAAAUGAUGAACCUAACUUCUGUAACAGUUUGCCUACCUACCCCCAAGUCAGCUGAAGACCCUCUACUGAUUUUUGUGCAGGACAUCAAUAUAUCGCUAGCCCUUGAGCUCACAUGGGAGCAAUUUAACAGUUAUAGCUGGAGGUUCAAAGAGGGCGGGGGAGGAGGCUAUACUUAUAU